ACGGGUCACGUGACUUACGUUGAUGUGUUUUGGUGCUACAGGUUUUCGUGGGUGCUUUCGUUAUGUGAUAAUUUUUACUUAAUAUAAUACAGUCAUAAUGUCCCUAACAGAGACUGUUGAUAUUAGUGAGGGAGACAUUCUACAAUCCCCGGAUAAAGUGAUGUACACCGUGAGACGAAAUAGAAGCGCUCAAGAAAUAUCCAGUGUCCUACUCUCCCCACCCCCAUGGUCCCCAAACCGGAGUCCAUCUCCACCUGCAUCUAUCUCGAGCAUCGACAUCGCCUGCAGCACCACCAGCGGCCUUACUCCCGCCAGCAGUGCCAUCGGCACCCCUUGCGGCGACGAGGAAGAGAGCCUUACUAACGGCUUCCCAGAUGGCGACGCGGUCGCGAUGCCUUCGGCGGCGGCGGCCACAGCGGCGGAGGCGAUGACAACUUCCCGGUCUCCCGAAAUAAACGCCGCCACUCUGGAGGAUAACAAGAAAAAGUCUGAGCCUGCACUGGGAACGAGCCAGGCCUCUCCGACACUGCAGAUCAAACGCCACUCCACCGAAAACGUCAGUCCGUCCUCUCUGAGUCCCAGCCAGAGUCCCAAACUGGGGGGCAACCGUUCCCCUGAUAUCAGGCUCUCACCUGUUGCCCCCCUGGGCGGGAGCAGCCCCUCACCCACCACAAGCGGGACAGUACCAGUCUUUCCGGAUACGCCACCCACGGAAAGUGCCAGCGAAGUUCCCGCAGGACUCCAGCAAAGUGCCAGCAGCCUCACUGACAGUCAUGCCUCCCUGGAUCGUACCUCUGAGUCAUCGGGGCGCUCUCAAGAGAGUGGCACCACCACUGCCAAGGCUACACCCGACCACCAGUCCUCUUCUAGCAGGCAGGAAGGCAGUGCGCUACGAGGGAGCGACAGGUCCGACAAGUCGGACCAAAUGUCCAGGAGCUACGAGAGGUCGGACCGUUCGGACAGGUCUGACAAAGGGGAUUCCUGCAGCAAGAAGGGGAGUGAUCAAGGAGACAAGUCUGCUAAACUUAUGGAGAAGAAGAAGAAAACGUCUUCUUGGUACAAUAUGUUGAAUCCAUCCUACAAGUCGAAGAGUGAAGAUUUCAAACGGCUGUUUAAAGACCUUCCAGAGACAGAGAGGCUGAUUGUUGACUAUUCUUGUGCACUUCAAAGGGAUAUCUUGGUUCAUGGCAGGCUAUAUGUAACACAGAACUUCAUAUGUUUCUAUGCCAAUAUCUUCAGAUGGGAAACAAAUGUUGUGAUUCGUUGUCGAGACAUCACGAGCAUGACAAAAGAGAAGACUGCCCGGGUAAUCCCUAAUGCUGUGCAAGUGUGUACAGACCACGAGAAGCACUUCUUCACUUCCUUCGGGGCCCGGGACAAGACAUACCUCAUGCUGUUCCGCAUCUGGCAGAAUGCACUCAUGGAGCAGGUGAGGCCCAUGUCGACGCAGGAGCUGUGGCAGUGGGUGCACUACAGUUACGGCGACGAAUUGGGUCUGACUAGUGAUGAUGAUGACUAUGUGGCCCCUCCUUACCUGGAAGAUGACCACAAGAACAACAACUCCAACCGUCUGCCCCCACCGUCUCUUGGCGAAAAGUCCGACAUCACUCCAGGGGAUCUGGAUGUGGACGAGGCUCUGGUCAAGAUGAGCUGUAGUGCUUUUGAAGCAUUGUCCAGUGAGGUGAAUGGACUAGAUGAUGAGAACUCUGGGGACGGCGACCAGCUACCAGCACUGCUCAGGAGCAGCAGGGAGAACCUGGCUAAAACUAAGCAUUCCGACAUACCUACCGACUUGAGCGACACCACAGAAUCUGAGGCGAUCGAAGCCUGUGAAGCUCCAUGUCCGAGUCCAACCCACGAAGGCAAAGAGCACCUCAACAUUAUUCUGCCCAUCUCGGUAGAUCAGUUAUUCACUCUUCUUUUCACUGGGUCACGGUUCUUCCACGACCUGCUUACCUCUAGGAAAACAUAUGAUGUUACGGAAAGCAAUUGGCAGCCCUGUCCUGAGACAGGGCACAAGCUUCGCCAGGUGACCUAUACAAUCACUCUGAACCAUGCCAUGGCUAAAGCUGCCCAGACAACAGAAACACAGAUCCUGCUGAAGCAGAGCAAGCCGGGCCAAGUGUACGCAAUAGAUUGUGACGUGUUGAAUGCUGGCAUUCCCUACAGCGACACUUUCUGCGUCAAGUCCCACUAUUGUCUUUCAAAGAUCUCCGAUAGCCAGUGCCGGCUGCGAGUGUAUGGCUGCAUCCGCUACAAGAAGUCCGUCUGGGGGUUGGUCAAGUCUGUGAUUGAGAAGAAUGCAAUGCAGGGCCUCGCAGAUUUCUGCAGUGAUCUGGAGGCAGCACUUCUGCGGGAGUCUGACAGAUUGCAGCCAGUAUCUAAGAAGCUCAAGCGCAGAAAACGGAUGAAGGUUCUGGAUGUUAUGAGCAAGCUAGAAUCCACAAAGGAGCUUUUACAUAGCAGCAGUUCUCAGACUUGCUUCAGAAAAUACACAUCAGCAGGAUCUCAUGCGAAUACCUUGCCCUACGACUUUGGUUCUACAAAUACUAUACUUAAAGGUGUCCUGUUCCUCAUGAUCAUUCUGCUGUUAGUGAAUUUAGUAUUACUCUAUAAGCUGUGGUGGCCAGAUGAUAAGCCUCAAGGGAGAAACCUAGAUGUCAUCUUGUUUGAGAAUACCCCUAGUACAAAUGAAGAGUGGACACGUCUGCUUACUCAAAGGGAAGCACUCCACAGGCUGGAGACAGAGAAAUGGAAAGCAACUCUGAUGGAGAUAACAAAACUCAUUCGAAUGAUUGACAGCUCUCUUCUUGACUUGAAAGCAAGCCUGGACACAUACCACUCAUAUACGUCAAUGCCUAGCACCGUGGAUGUCUCCACGAAACCACCUCCGCCUCCACCCAAGAACUUAUGAUCCCAACCAUCAACUCUUUUCUUGUCAUGCUGUGGUAUCACUAGUCACCUGAAGCAUCUCGUUUGCCACACUGUGCACCAGUGUUAUGUGAUUGACAGUCCCUGUCAUGUGCACCGUAUCCAUUAAUUCAUUUGUAGGUUAUAUCUAUAGUACCUUUAGCAUAGGUCAGUUUGUUAAAUAGUGCUGAAAAACUGCCUUUCCUUGGAAUGCUGUCAGAACUUUGAGUGUUUUCUUGAGGCAGAAAUAUGUUUUUAGGUAGGUUUUUUUUACUAAUGAAAUGUAUAAAAUUUCUUCCAUUUCAAACUUGCCCAUGUUAUUUGGGUAAAGUGUUUGGAGUUUCAGUAGAUAUGUGGGGAAAAAUCAAUUUUUUGUGCACUGUAUAACUUUUGAAUGCAGAGCAUGUCUACGCCUAUAUUGUAUACAUAAGAAAGAUAGUAAGUACUAAAGAACUUUAAAGUGCUGCCUUACUGUAAGAAUAGUCCUGUUAAUGGCAUGCAAGGCAAUCGUGCAGAAUAGUAAAGGUACCUUUGUAGUGCCUCCUUUUUACAUGUGUAGCCGCCAUAGAGGUUCGACAGAUUUUGGUAUUUGGUGCAAAAGCCUUGAUGAAGGGCGACCGGAAUGUGGUACAUUCAUUCGAUCUUUUGCCAGUUCAGUAUGUUUUGCUCUCUGAGGAUAUGUAGGACCUGUAUGUCUUAAUCAUCAUCCUGUAUUGAACCCAUUCCAUUUUUUUUGUGCCAGGGGUAUUCUUUGUAAGACGCAACUUAAACAAUGCCAGGUAUCCAUUGAUACUGCCAUAAAACUGACGACUGAAAUGCAGGCGAGGAUUGAAACUUUCUCUUUAUAGAGCAAUGUGCUCAAUGAAUCAAAACCUGCAGGGUAAUCACUUUCCCCUUUAUUGUUGCAUAGGUGCAGUGAAAACCAUGCAAAUGCACUCCUUUCACCAUACUUAAAGAGGUUACACAAUUCAAUCCAAUUGGUAUUCUUUGCAGGCGCAAGACUUCUGGUUUCAGGUAAUGUCCGCAAGUAGCAGAGAAAAUAUAGUGUAACAAUUGUAGGAAAACACACUGGUUUGGGAUUCAAAGAUGUCAGUGGUAUUAUCGCGAGCAGUGUUAUAUUUAAUGGUGUUCAUUAUUGCACACUGUUUUGGACUUACGUGAGUUUAAUUGUUGUUAAGAGUUCAUGCUUCCCUGCACAAAACAGUAACCUAACUUCAUUUGGGGACAGGUGUCUGGUCUACGUCGUGUAUGCUUCCUGAACGGACACAUUUUCUAAUUCCGUUUCUACUGUCCUCAGGCAUUUUGUAUUUGGAAAGUUUGUGCAUAUGUCAUGUGCAUGUUCACAGGGCAGGCAGUGCUCUCAGGAAAUGAAUUGUGGGAAUGGGAGAAACAAAUUUACUAUACAAAAGCAUGAACGAAAUACACUAAUGAGAGUGUGCCAUAAACACUGUCGGGACUGACAUCGUGGCAUACUGUAAUGGCGGCACCCACCGUCGUUCCAAGUGCGCAAGGCAUUUCCCUUCAUGUUUCUGCACUGGGAGUAUUCUUUACCAGACGACCGUUUGUCCUCGAGUUCAAGAAUUCUACUUAAUUAAAUAUUACCGCUGUUAGGAGCUUAAAUAAUCUGUUUUUGAAUAGCACCAUUUACUGUACUUGUAACAUAUGUCUUUCUUUGACACUGAUGGGAUGCACAAAUCUGGCAUAUGCUGAUAAAGACUGAUUCAAAUAACUUUAGUGAGAAGAAAACAAAAUUGUGAUUGCAUAUUUAAGAAUGCUUGGUACAUAACAUUCACGUUUGUUUCGUUUUGAUCAACAGCAUGUUUGUUUGUUUUCCCCUGACUACGUUGAGCAGACUGUGAAAGAUUUUGGAUCGCAGGUUUCUGUCCAUUGUCUUCCAAGAAGAUUGCGGAGCUGGCAUUGUGCCCUGGUACACGCCAUGUAACCUUAUACCCUAGAUUUUUUUCCACCUGUUGGCUUACUUGCUCGUCAGCUGGUCUGACGAGCGCCUGUAUAUUACUACGUCAGCCACAGUGCACACCAUUUGUAGGUACCUGUGCUGUGAACCACACUGAUGUGAAGUGCAUUAGGGUGUAAAUGUGAUUUUUGUGCAGUCAUUGAGCCGUGUGAAUGAAGGUGUGUCUUCACGUGCUGAUUCACAUGAUGCAGGGCAGGUCUUUGCAGUGCUUGGAAAAGUGUGAUGGCUAUAAAAAAAGCAAAGUGGAAAGACGACUCAAAGUACGUUUGAUUGUGUGUGGAACACACCACAAGGCUGUGUUGUUGAUGCGAUCACCCUGUGGGUUGACUGUGAAGGAUUUUGUUGCUCUCAGGGUAACGGUUCUUGAGAAAGGAGUUAAAAGAAUGAGACCAAACAUGGCAUUAAAGUGUUACUGCAUUAUAAUGUGAUGUAUUUUUAUGCCAUUGGAGUGUGCAAGAAAUAAAGUCAUGUCCAGCAUCGGAA